CAAAAGAAUGGGCGCGCAGACAGAGUGGGCCCAUGGUCAAUCCGUCUUUCGAGCCGGACGACUUCCUGCCACAAAGCCUGUCGCCCGUGAAAGAUGUGAAGAAGAAGCCCGGUGACAAGAGCAUCUUCUUAGUAAACAUGAAAGAGAAGGAUCUGCAGGAGGUCGAGGAAUAUGAGCCAUAUGACAACCGAGUUGUCGAUCAUCCCACUACGAACACAGAAACGCUCCUGCACUUAAUGAAAGGGAGUCUAGGAACCGGCAUCCUGGCGAUGCCACACGCGUUCGCUAAGUCUGGUUACGUAGUCGGCGCGAUAGGAACCCUGGUGAUAGGAGUGCUGUGCACAUAUUGCAUCCACGUGCUGAUCGACUCCUGCUAUGUGCUGUGCAAGCGGCGGAAGGUGCCCUCCAUGACGUACACCGCGGUGGCAGAAGCUGCACUUUCCGAAGGACCUGAUUGGUGCAAGGCUUGCGCGCCGUAUGCUGCACACAUCGUGAACGUAUUUCUACUCAUCUAUCAAAUUGGUACUUGCUGCGUCUACGUGGUUUUCGUAUCAGAGAACAUACAAUACGUUUUAACAAAACACUUCGGCUUAGAUGUCUCUGUCACAGAAGUUAUGACGUACAUUCUAAUUCCACUGGUAUUGAUAAAUUGGGUGCGAGACCUGAAGUAUUUGGCGCCUUUCUCUGCGAUCGCAAAUGCAGUGACCAUCGUCAGCUUCGGCAUUAUUCUGUACUACAUCUUCAGGCAGGCUCCUACGUUGGAAGGAAAAACGCCAGCAGGAAAGAUUGGCGAUUUCCCUCUAUUCUUCGGGACUGUUCUGUUCGCAUUGGAAGCUAUUGGUGUGAUUCUCCCUUUGGAAAAUGAAAUGAAGACUCCCAAGGACUUUGUAGGGAAGUUCGGAGUGCUGAACCGAGCGAUGAUCAGCAUCAUCAUUCUGUACGUGGGUAUGGGCCUCUUCGGAUACUUACAAUACGGAAACGCCGCAGCGGGCAGUAUCACGCUCAACUUGCCUUCUAAGACGGAAACACUUGCAAGCGUCGUCCAAUGUCUGUUAGCUUUCGCCAUCUUCAUCACGCACGGGUUGGCGUGCUACGUGGCCAUCGACAUCCUGUGGAACGAGUACGUGGGUGUCCGCCUGUUGAAUAACAACCACAGGUUCAUCUGGGAGUACUUGUUGAGGACCGUCAUCGUACUCGUCACAUUUGGAAUCGCAGCGGCAGUCCCGGAGCUAGAUUUGUUCAUCUCUCUAUUCGGUGCGCUCUGCUUAUCUGCCCUCGGACUGGCUUUCCCCGCCUUCAUCCAAAGCUGCACCUAUUGGUACUACGUGUCGGACUCCGAACGUAUCCGUAUGAUCAUCAAGAACGCUAUUGUAGUCAUCUUCGGCAUCUUAGGUCUAGUUGUAGGAACCUGGACAUCACUUCAAGGCAUUAUCAUUAAAUUCUCAGCACACGCUCCAGUCCUUAACUCUAAGGAUAUGGAUAUAAGCUUCGGAAAUGACACCAGUAUCAUGCCUUGAGAAUAGAAUAAAGAUUUUUAUAAAGUUCAGGGCCGUCUUACGCUUGAGGCAAAUAAAGGACCCAGCCCUUUUAAAAAAGCAACUAAGAAUCGGAGUUAUUUCUUGUCUCCGAUAUAUUGAUUUAAACUGACGCCAUACUUCCAUGUAUUAUUUGGUAUUCGACUGAAGUAUUUAUUGUAGGCACAGUGUCGUAGAUAGAUAUUCGUAGUUAACGAAGCUUUAGUUAACUGCACGUUAGUUUAAAAAAAAAAAGUAGAUCUAUUUUUAAUCGACCG